AUGGGACCCUCCCCACUGGAAAGCCGUCUACAGGUUCUGUUAGAGAAACGCAAACGUCAGUCACGGUUAAGAACUCUCAAGCCGUCGCCCCCUGGUUCAGUGGACUUCUCGUCAAAUGAUUUCCUCUCGCUGUCGACCAAUACUGAGUUCAAAAACGACUAUCUGACACUUUUAAACAAUGAGCCCGUGCCACUGGGCUCGACAGGCUCGAGGCUGCUCGACGGUAACUCCAUAUACGCCGAGAAAUUGGAAAAUGAGAUCGCGGCAUUUCAUGGUGCAGAGACAGGGUUGUUAACCAAUUCCGGAUUCGAUGCGAAUGUCAGCAUCUUUGGAUUCCUCCCGGCGGCGGAAGACACGAUCAUUUACGACGAGCUCAUCCAUGCGAGUGUACACGAUGGCAUGAGGCAGAGCAAGUGCCAGGCUCAAUUCUUGUUCCGACAUAACGAUGUCUCUGAUCUCCGUCGUCAGUUACUCAGGAUUGGUGCAAUGCCGGGUGAACGAUCUAUCUUCAUCGCCGUUGAAUCCGUGUACAGCAUGGAUGGAGACCUUGCCCCGCUCACAGAAAUCGUGGAAUUGAUAGAUGAAGUAUGUUCAGGAAAAAAUGUCUAUCUGAUUGUUGAUGAGGCUCACUCGACGGGUUGUUACGGUCCUGAUGGCUCAGGCCGAGUUUGCGAACUUGGAUUGGAGAGCCGUGUCCCCAUUCGGCUUCAUACGUUUGGCAAGGCUUUGGGCGCUAGUGGAGCCAUCAUCCUCUGCUCUGACGUGAUUCGUUCAUACUUGAUCAACUAUGCUCGACCCCUGAUCUACACCACGUUCAUGGCAUAUCCCAGCCUUGUCAGCAUUGCAAAUGCAUAUUCAUGGCUCCAAGCAGGGAAAACGAACAAUCUUGCUGCCAACCUCUUCUUCCUGAUCGACCAUCUUUUCACCCGCCUUCAAUCCUUGUCCGGGAUUCUGACGAGCAUACAAAUUUCGCCAUCAGUCCCGCUCAUGACACUGCCGGACCGAUGCCCAUCUUCGCCAAUCUUUGCCCUUCUCACACCAAAACCACGCGUACUGGCGGCUCACUGUAACAAUGCCGGGUUCAUUGCCCGACCUGUGGUAUCACCGACUGUACCAAGAGGCACAGAACGUGUGAGAGUGUGUUUGCAUGCGGGUAAUACGACGGAUCAGAUCGACAGAUUUGUUGAGUGUGUCAGACAGUGGAUUUUGAGUGAGGGAGCAGCUCCUCAGCAAAGGGCUUUUUCGCAGCAGGCUCGGAUUCAGGCUGAGAAGCCUUUGAUUGCGAAGAUUUGA